ACCAUGGAAAGCCUGAGAUUCAGCCGAGGUCUCUAAAGGCAGGGUUUGCGGGAGGUAGGAUUGUGCGGGGCGCGGUGGCAGUGUCCCCCAGUGCACCUGGCAGAGACGAGCCCCAGGAGCUGCUGCAGUCCCAGCCCAGCCCCUCUGGCAGGGCCCGGGGAGGAGGGAGCUGAUCGGCGGGAGCACCCGAAGCUCCCAGCGCGGAUCCGGGGGAAGAUGGCGGCCGCCGCAGAAGCCAUCGCCUUGCGCCUGGCCCGGCAGGAGGAGGAGAUCCGCUGGUUAACAGCCGAGAUCGGCCGCCUGAAGGAGCCGGAGCCGGAGCGCGGCCCGGGAAGCAGCAGCCCGGAGCUGCACAGGCUGAGGGCGGAGAACGAGAAGCUGCGCUACCGGCUCCUGCACCUUCGGCGCAGCCUGACAGCUGAGCUGGGCCGCGGGGAGCAGCGGCGGCCGGGCCCCGCAGGAGCCGGCAAGAAUACCUCCAAUGCAGGCCUGACUCCCCAAAAUAAGAAGAAAAAGGAGAAGAAAAAAGAAAACGAAGUUGUGAAUGGGCUUAGGAAUGAGCUGCAGUGUGAGCCAAGCUUCAUAGACGACAGGCUGAAGCAUUAUGAAACACUGAAAAAAGAGCAUGAUGCCUUGCUUGCUUACAGAGCAGCCAACCAGAGCAAGCCUAUAAAAGUGAUUCUGACUGAUGGUAAAGUCAUAGAAGGGGAAUCUUGGAAAACGACACCAUAUCAGUUGGCUGCAAGAAUUAGUCGAGGACUGGCUGAUGAUGCAGUAAUAGCCACAGUGAAUGGUGAAUUGUGGGAUCUGGAUCGUCCAUUGGAGGGAGAUUGUUCACUGGAGCUGCUUACAUUUGAUAAUGAAGAAGCUCAGGCAGUUUACUGGCAUUCAAGUGCUCACAUCCUUGGAGAGGCCAUGGAAAGUUAUUAUGGAGGUUGUUUGUGCUAUGGGCCACCUAUUGAGAAUGGAUUUUAUUAUGAUAUGUACAUUGAAGACAGAGGUGUAUCUAGUACAGAAUUCCCUACAUUGGAGAACAUGUGUAAAAAUAUCAUAAAAGAGAAGCAGCCUUUUGAAAGACUAGAAGUCAGUAAGGAGAUACUACUAGAUAUGUUUAAGUAUAAUAAGUUUAAAUGUCGUAUCCUGAAUGAGAAAGUUAACACGCCGACUACCACAGUGUACAGGUGUGGUCCAUUGAUUGAUCUCUGCAGGGGCCCACAUGUGAGACACACUGGAAAAAUUAAAGCCUUAAAGAUUUUUAAGAAUUCUUCUACAUAUUGGGAGGGAAAGGCUGACAUGGAAACAUUGCAGAGACUCUAUGGAAUAUCCUUCCCUGAUAACAAAAUGAUGAAGGAAUGGGAAAAAUUCCAAGAGGAAGCCAGAAAUCGGGAUCAUAGGAAAAUUGGAAAGGAGCAAGAACUUUUCUUCUUCCAUGAUCUGAGUCCAGGAAGCUGUUUUUUCCUCCCCAAAGGUGCCUUUCUUUAUAAUACACUCAUGGAUUUUAUACGAGAGGAAUAUCACAGGCGUAAUUUUACUGAAGUAGUAUCACCUAACAUCUACAACAGUAAACUCUGGGAAGCAUCAGGUCACUGGCAGCACUACAGUGAAAACAUGUUCUCAUUUGAUGUUGAGAAGGAAACAUUUGCCCUUAAACCCAUGAACUGUCCAGGACAUUGCUUGAUGUUCGCUCAUCGCCCACGCUCAUGGAGGGAAAUGCCUAUUAGACUUGCAGACUUUGGGGUUCUUCAUAGAAAUGAACUCUCGGGGACUUUGAGUGGUUUGACUCGAGUCAGGCGUUUCCAACAGGAUGAUGCGCACAUCUUUUGCACAAUGGAACAGAUUGAGGAAGAAAUGAAAGGCUGUCUGAACUUUUUGAAGACAGUUUAUGCAGUGUUUGGUUUUACCUUUCAAUUGCAUCUUUCUACAAGACCUGAAAACUUCCUAGGAGAAGUAGAGAUCUGGGACCACGCAGAAAAGCAGUUACAAAACAGUUUGAAUGACUUUGGAGAGCCAUGGAAGUUGAAUCCAGGAGAUGGAGCAUUUUAUGGUCCUAAGAUUGAUAUUAAAAUCAAAGAUGCUAUUGGCAGGUACCAUCAGUGUGCUACCGUCCAACUUGACUUCCAGCUACCAAUCAGAUUUAACCUUACUUAUGUUGGUAAGGAUAGUGAUGAUAAGAAAAGACCAGUGAUCAUUCAUAGAGCUAUUUUGGGCUCAGUGGAGAGAAUGAUAGCUAUUCUAGCAGAAAAUUAUGGAGGAAAAUGGCCUUUCUGGCUCUCUCCUCGCCAGGUCAUGGUUGUCCCUGUGGGGCCUACUUGUGAAAAAUAUGCUCAGCAGGUUUGCCAUGAAUUUUUUGAAGCAGGAUUUAUGGCUGAUGUUGAUCUAGAUCACAGCUGCACAUUAAACAAGAAAAUAAGAAAUGCACAGCUUGCACAGUAUAAUUUUAUUUUAGUGGUUGGAGAAAAGGAAAAAGCAAAUAAUGCUGUCAAUGUGCGAACAAGAGACAAUAAGGUUCAUGGAGAGAUUUUGAUGACAUCUGCCAUUGAAAAACUAAAGAAACUGAAGAAAUCACAUGCUUUAUAUGCAGAGGAAGAAUUCUGAAAUUGCUGCUAACUGGGAUCCAUGUUAACUCUAAAUGAAGCUCAUUAUUUUUCCUCUUCUCCCUAAUACUGUUGAGCUUAUUUGCAAGGUCUUUGAAUUAAUGCACAAAAAUGUAGCUGAUGUGGGUGCUUUUGGGAUAGUGUGAAGGACAGAUGCAAACCUUGGACUCCUCAAACAAUCACAUGAAUCCAUAGCAACUGGAAAAUUCCAUUUAGAAAAAAAACCCCUACACCUAUGCUACAAAAUGUAUUGUUUCUGCUGUAUAAAUAAAGCUGGGGCUCUAUUAAAGUGAUCAAGAGAGAAACACUGGAAAGUGUACUUGCUGCUACUGCUAAAAAACUUAAUCAGAUAGUCAAAAGUAGCUAUGUAAUUUACUUGUCUGGCAUCAGAAACUUGGCAGCUUGUAGAUGAAAUUAAAAUGCUCCUCAUAUAUUUGUUUUGACAUGAGUUUGUCUCAAAUAUUUUUGUUUGGGCCUGUCUAGUUCCUACUGGACUAAUGUCUACAGGCCACAUACGUGUUGGUACUAUUGUUGUAAGUCUCUGCAGCAAAGACAGGCACUGAAUGGGCAUUAAGAUUGAAUAACCACUUAUUUCAAAGGUGACCACCUAGAGAUUGGUUGAAAUAUAUUGCCUAAGCAAUGUAGGUUGUUGUCUGUAGGGUUCUUGUUCUUUGAAUACAUGGAAAACCUCCAUUUACAGUGCUGUAAACUUGGCUCCUUUCACAAGUACUAAAUUCACUUUUAAAAGACUUAAUUUAAAAAAAAAAAAAAAAAA